AUGGGCAAUGAAUCAUCUACGCCAGUGGACGAGGCGACUCCUCCCACGACGCUACAUGCUCGCACGAUUGAGGCCGUUGCGCAGUACAUUAAAGAAAAGGACGUCAAGAACAUCGUGGUGAUGACCGGCGCAGGCAUCAGUACAUCUGCUGGCAUUCCAGACUUCCGAUCUCCGGAGACGGGCUUGUAUGCAAAUUUGGCCAGGUUGAAUUUGCCGUACGCCGAAGCCGUGUUCGACAUCUCAUACUUCCGUAACAACCCUUAUCCAUUUUAUACCCUCGCCCACGAACUGUACCCGGGUAGAUAUCGACCGACGGUGACCCAUUCGUUUAUUAGCCUGCUGCACAAGAAAGGGAGACUUCUCAAGUUGUUCACCCAGAACAUAGACUGCCUGGAACGGGAAGCGGGAGUUCCGGCGGACAAAAUCGUGGAAGCGCAUGGAUCCUUCGCUACUCAACGAUGUAUUGAGUGUCAUACUGAAUAUCCGGGGGACCUGAUGAAAGAGAUGGUAGGAAAGAAGGAAGUUCCGCACUGCAUUCGGAAGUCUUGCAAUGGAUUGGUCAAACCAGACAUCGUUUUCUUUGGCGAGGCGCUGCCAGAAUCAUUCCAUCGCAAUCGCAGUCUACCAGCCAGAGCAGAUCUGGCGAUAGUCAUGGGGACAAGUCUGACAGUCCAGCCGUUCGCGAGCUUGCCUUCCUUUGUGAGAGAGGGGACGCCGAGGGUGCUCAUCAACCUUGAAAAGGCAGGCUCUCUUGGCUCGCGACCAGACGAUGUGCUGUUACUCGGAGAUUGUGAUGCGGGAGUCCGAAAACUUGCAGAAGCCUUAGACUGGGGGGAGGAACUGGAGGAGCUUUGGGAGAGCACCAAUCCUGAUAAGCGCGAGAGAGACCGACAAGAGGAGCCGGCAAAGAAUCGCCAAGAGAGACUUGACGAGGAAGUCGAAAAGUUGACAAGGGAUAUUGAUGCUUCGCUGAAACUUUCAAGUGAGGCCAAUGUGAGAAUCAGGGAAGAACUUGAAAAGGCUGGAGCCCAAACCCCCCAAAUCAAUUCACCUACAACUCGAGAGACUACCACUACCGAGUCCACAGGCUUGGGGCAUGUCUUCCCUCAUUUGAAACCAGACAGUUCCGAGAAGUCUUCUCUCUAG